CGCCAUGCGAUGGAUCUUGAAACCGAUGGCUACUCUAGGACCUACCUGGCCUCUCUUAUUUAUAGAGCCUUUCUACGGCGGCUCGCAUAAGCAGUUGGUGGAUCUGCUAGUGGGGCAGUUCAAGGGAGACCUGUACACUCUCCCAGCCAGCAAAUGGCACUGGAGGAGUCGCGUUGCUGCUCUCAGCUUCGCACACAUUCUACCUCCACACCACAGUUACAAGUUAGACGGUGUUUUAAAACUGCCUCCAACACUCACAGAUGAGUGUCCGAACAACAAAGUUUUGCCACACCAUGACCUGUGGGGUGUGGAUCCCAAAAUUUCCCAAUCGUUUCCUAGUGUUUGUUAUUUGGCGGAUGGAGUCACUAUAGAGUAGUCUAGAGUCUGUCACAAUGACCACAUGGGGUUAUCAGUAGGGGUGCAUGCAAAGAUGGUGAUGUAACCCACAGUAUUAGAAACUUCCUCUAUAUAGAAUUACUUGUUUGUAGUUGUUGUCACUGUCACAUUGCUUCGCUUGCAGGAAGUAGACUGACUGGAGGGUAGUUUCAUAAUAGAAUUUUAGGCUCAAAGAAUUUGUACAGGGUAUCCAUGAUUUCUUUGCAGAGUCCUCUUCUGCAGCAGUGUUCUGAACCUGUGUGAGCUCGUUGCCCUGAGACCCGACUUUGCCGGCCUGCACAAGAUUCUCUAUUUCCACGAGAACCAGUUGGUGUACCCCGUCAGGAGACAGCAGGAGAGAGAUUUCCAGCAUGGCUACAACCAGAUCCUCUCUUGGUACACAUGAUGCAACAUCAACAGUAUAAUAAAGUUGAUUGGUGAGCAAAGCAAGCCUACUAUUUGUUUAAAUUGCAUUUAUAUAUUCGACAGCACUGUCCGUUAUAAUGCAAUACCACUGGAAAGUUUGCAAUCGGUCGCCAAUGUACAUUGCAUUUCUUUUUGAAAAUAUUUGGUGUUGUUGGGGUAAUAUAGUCCGGAAGAGCUGCUGUUAAAGAGCCAAAUGGUGUCAUCAUUUUCUUAAGAGGGUUUGUCUCUUUCAGUCUGGUCGCUGACUGCAUUGUGUUCAACUCUCAUUUCAACAUGAACUCGUUCCUGGACGGCAUCGACUCUCACCUGAGACUGAUGCCAGACUCCAGACCCAGAGGACUGGCUGACCUCAUCAGACCCAAGUGUCAAGUCCUCUACUUUCCCCUCGACCUCCCUCCACACUCUCUCACCUGCCAAUACUACCGCAGCAGCUCCUCUGUCGUGGAGGACCUUCAGGGAAGAAGGCAGGAUGAGGAAGAAGCUGUGCGGAAUAGAAGCCAGUUUGAGGGCAGUGCAGGCAUCUCCGGAGAUCCCCAGCCUCUCCACAUUGUCUGGCCUCAUCGCUGGGAGCAUGACAAAGGACCUGAAGAGUUUUGCGCAACAUUAAUGAAACUAUUGGAAGCAGAGAAAAACUUCAAAGUAUCAUUUUUAGGGUCACACACUUCUGAUAUACCAGAGUGUAUGAGUGAUGCUCGGUCUCGACUAGGGGAAAGGGUAGUUCACUAUGGACCUCUUGAGAGGGAGCAGUACUGGCAGGCUCUGAAGGAAGCCGAUAUUGCAGUCUCAACCGCCAAACACGAGUUCUUUGGAGUGGCAAUGAUGGAAGCAGUAGCUUGUGGUUGUUAUCCUCUCUGUCCCAAUAGACUAGUAUACCCAGAGAUUUAUCCCAGCGAGUGUUUGUACAACACAGAGCAACAGUUAUACAAGAAACUGGCAGGAUUCUGUGACCGGCCCUGGGUGUUACGCCAAAUGACGAAAGCAAAGGUUGAGCUCUGCCGUUUCUCAUGGGGUGAGCUCAAACCAGCCUACACCGAACUGCUAGACUGGACUAAUGUUAACAGCUGAUUAUACAACAAAUAUUUUGCACAUGAGAAUGAUACAAAAGCUACAUGUUACAAAUAAACUAUACUAAUUGUCAAUAUUAUUAGUUGUCUGCCACAAAUCUCAAAGUUCAUCCUUACUGACGUGUAGUUUCCUGUUAGGAUGAUGGACUGGAAAUGAUCUUAUUGGUGGGUAGCCUUCAACUAUGUAUUUCUCAGGGUUAA